AUGGCAAUUCUGGCCUUUGGACAUAGUUUCAUCAACUGCCACUUCACCAUGCUGAGGCUUUGUAGGCCGAAAGGCAAAAGAAGUGAGAAGGGGGUCCAGGAGCAGGCGGAAACUGGAAGAGCAAUGCCCUUCCCGGUAUUUGUUAAUGACAGUUCCCAAGAGGAACGGGAAGGCGACACUGGCAGAUUCACAGGGAAGCCCCAGGGGCAGUCAAGACGCAGAAGUGAGGUGACUAGAUCUUACAUCACAGAUUCACAUACUAUCACUGAGAUGGUUGAUAAAGGGUGGCAAUGGUUGGCUAAUAGGGACAAAGAAUACAGACCAGUGAAUAUUCAGGUUAAACAGAUUGCAUUUACAGUUGAGCAGCACAUUUCCCAGCUAUUAAUACCAAGGACUAAUCAUAGUUCAUACAUCCUCACUCUUCACAGCCUGGCAAAAGGCUUUGGCAGCAGAAGGCUGAGUCAUUUUUAUCUCCCGUUGCCAUGGGAUCCUAUUGCCCUGGAGACCCUUCUACCAGAGCCUGCAGCACCAGCCACAGCGUCACUCACACUGAGAACUCUCCCAGGGCAGGAGCUGAGGUGGCCCACCAGUGAUCCCUUUUCAAAAUCAGAAAGUGUCAUUUCUGCAGUGGUUAAGGGCCAGUUAAUGUCAAGGGAAAGUCCCUACGUCCACUCUGGCAUUUGGCUAAAUCCAGUCCUGCUUUACCUACAGCUGGAUUCCACAGACGGAGGAUCAUCUGGUUCUCGCCUGCGACUGCGGUUGACCAAGGGUAACUGAAUCUGCGGACAGCGAAACCAAGGAUAACGCGCGACUGUUGUCCUACAAGCUACUCUGCGGGAGCUUGUCUUUUCCCUCGUUUGCUUUAGGUUCUGGCUUCAUAUGGAUAAUAAAAGAAACAAAAAUUCAAAAAGGAACUGUGACCCCCUAUCCCUCUGAUGAAGUGAUUUUCGAAUUCUGUAAGAUCAAAUUCUUGCUGGCUCGUUUUCAUUCUUGGUGAUAAACAGAACAUCUACUGAAACCGUUCUCUGUUUCCCUGAUCCCUUGCGGUGCUUUAGAAAUAAUUUUGUACCUUCGAUCACCAUGAUCUGAGCCCUGUCAGCCCUCCACACAAGCUGCUGGAAGGCAGAACUGGGUCUGGUCCAUAUUUGCCCCUCCCACAGCCCUUCCAGCAUUCCCUGAAAUUGGCCAGGAGCUGCAGAGGAAGAGGAAGGACCCAGUAUCCAGAAGAACUUGUACCAAUCAACCGAAGCUUCAGAUUCUAACUGUGGCAUUCGGACUGAUUAAAUCUUCUUCAUUUCCUAUAGUCACCUUUUCAGUGAUUUCCAUCAUCAGAAACUUCAAAAGCCCUAACAAUUCAUAUUGCCAUUUUUUGCUUUAUUUUGUUCUGUAUCACGGUCUAAAAUACUAGUUAGUCCAUUCAGUGAUCUUGAAUAUUGUCCAUCACCUCUAUUAGUAUAGAAGCACCAUGAUGGCAGGGGUUUUUGCCUGUUUUGUUUACUACUUUCUUCCCAGUGGCUAAGCCAUGCUUGGCACAUACUAAAUCCUUAAUAAGUAUCUAUUUAAUUAAUUAAUUAGUUAAUUAAACACAUCAAAUUCCUUGUA